AUGUCAAAAUAUCUUGGUCCAGUUUUAAAAAAGCUUCGAGCAUUAGGUCUUCCUUUGCCACGGUUCAGAAACAAGGGAAAUAAUCCGCCCGGGCAACAUGGAGCCAAACGGAAGAGAAGAAAAUCUUCUUAUGGGUUAAAAUUACAAGAAAAACAAAAAGUCCUUUAUAGUUACGGUUCAGAAUCACGCCUAGAUAAUUUAAUCUUUAGGUCUGGGCUGCUCAACACGAUUGGUUUUGCUCGGGAAUGGGUCAGUCAUGGUCACUUUUUAGUCGAUGGCAAAAAAAUAAAUAUUCCUUCUUCUAAAAUAGAACCUGGACAAGUUAUUAGUCUAAAAAAAGAAAAAAUGAAAGAAAAUAAACUUGUCAAAGAUAAUUUGGAAAAAAAUCUAAAAUUUCCGCCCUAUCUUGCUUUUGAUAAACAAAAACUAAUUAUUACUUACUUACGUUAUCCAACCAAAGAGGAAUUAAGUAAAGAUAUUGACACUUCCCUGAUAGUAGAAUGA